ACAAGGUUCCGCUGGAAUGUCUACACCAAAAUCAUUCUUCGUAUCUUCCAAACUUGCUCGUUACUUAAAGCCUAACGGAGACUUUAAAAACAAAAUUUGAGAUCGCUUUCUCUUUCGCUUCUCCAUAGAUCUCUCUCCAUCGCAUUCGCAGCCCAAAAUACCAAAUUCGUCAGCUGAAAAUAAUGGCGGCUGUCGCCGUUCACCAGUUCGCUCAGUGCAUCACUUGCCAUGCUUGGAGUCCCGAUCAAUCCAUGGUAGCAUUUUGCCCAAAUAAUAAUGAGGUUCACAUCUAUAAAUUGUUGGAAGACAAGUGGGAGAAAGUUCAUGUUCUUCAGAAGCAUGAUCAAAUUGUUACUGGGAUAGACUGGAGUGGGAGGUCAAACAGAAUUGUUACUGUAUCUCAUGACCGGAAUUCAUAUGUUUGGAACCAAGAAGGAGCAGAGUGGGUACCGACUCUUGUCAUUCUUAGGCUCAAUCGAGCUGCACUUUGUGUUCAGUGGAGCCCCAGAGAAAACAAGUUUGCUGUUGGAAGUGGUGCUAAAACUGUGUGCAUAUGCUAUUAUGAGCAGGAGAAUAACUGGUGGGUUAGCAAACUUAUCAGGAAAAAACAUGAUUCCUCUGUCACAAGUGUUGCUUGGCAUCCUAAUAAUAUUUUACUUGCAACAACAUCUACAGAUGGAAAAUGCCGAGUAUUUUCCACAUUUAUCAAAGGUGUUGAUACAAGGGAAUCAAAAACAAGCUCUUCUUCAGAUUCAAAGUUUGGAGAGCAAAUUGUUCAGCUUGAUCUCUCAUUUUCAUGGGCAUUUGGUGUGAAGUGGUCACCAAGUGGCAAUACGUUGGCUUAUGUUGGUCAUAAUUCAAUGAUAUACUUUGUUGAUGAUGUUGGUCCUUCCCCUUUGGCCCAGAAUGUUGCAUUCCGUAAUUUGCCUCUUCGUGAUGUCCUAUUUGUUUCCGAGAAAAUGGUCAUAGGUGUGGGAUUUGACUGCAAUCCAAUGGUUUUUGCAGCAGAUGAUUCAGGAAUAUGGAGCUUUAUCAGAUUCCUUGGUGAAAGGAAAGCAUCUUCUUCAAGUUCAAAAUAUGGUUCUCAGUUUUCAGAAGCAUUUGGCAAACUAUACGGUCAAUCAAAGCAUGGAUUGAGCAAUGACACAGUCGAACCUUCAAGGGCGCAUGGAGUUGUUCAUGAGAAUUGCAUCAAUUGUAUUGUACCUCUGAGGAAAGAAGGACCCAGAACAAAGCGCUUCAGCACCUCAGGAUUGGACGGGAAAGUGGUCAUUUGGGAUUUGGAAAACCAAGAAGUUGUUUCUGAUUAUCUCUAAGACGUGGUUGGGGAAAUGUUUUUCCAGCCUACACGCCGCAGGAUGCAGAAACAGAAUGGUAGAGGAAUAUUGAACCAAGCGGAUGGAUCUGUAUAUUAGUUUGGUUGAGAGGAGUUGGAUCUGAUUCUGAAAUCUAAGAGGAGAAAAAUUGAUAUGGGCCCGGGAUAUUAGUUGACAACUCUGUGUAUAUCCCAACAUGUAAUAUAUGUGCCUUUCUGCAAGUGUUCUGUGUUUUGAAUUUCAUUACCACUUUUUGAAGAUUCGGAUAUAGCUCGAUUUUUUAAGUAAUGCAAAUUGAUCAAAAUAUCUAAUGUGUGUUUUUUCGUCAA